AUGUCCUUGCAAUCACCAGUUCAAAACAACUGCCCAGAUGCCAUUAGUAGAGGACAGAGAUUGACAGAAACUACUGCAUGGCUUUUGUGGCUGAUGUGGCAUAAAUGGAAGGAGAAAUUCAUGUGCAAAUUCUCCAAGUAUAUCAAAUAUUUGCAGGGGAUUGACCGCACAAUCCCAAUGGUGAACCCAAAACUUUCCCGUCGUCCAACCAUAUCCUACAGGCCUAUACAACCGUCUGACCUUGAGAUCUUAGAGCAAAUCCAUGCUGAUUUAUUUCCCAUUAGGUAUGAGGCUGAGUUUUUUCAAAAUGUAGUCAAUGGACAUGAUAUUGUGUCAUGGGCAGCUGUUGAUCGAAGUCGUCCAAAUGGUCAAAGUGAUGAACUUAUUGGAUUUGUAACCGCCCGAAUUGUUCUUGCCAAAGAAAGUGAGAUAGGGGAUCUGCUCAGUUACGAACCGUCAAAAUCAGAUCAGACAUUAAUCUACAUUCUGACACUGGGAGUUGUAGAAUCUUUCAGAAAUCUUGGCAUAGCUUCAGCACUUAUUCGUGAGGUCAUAAAAUAUGCCUUAAGUAUUCCAACCUGCCGAGGAAUUUACUUGCAUGUCAUUUCUUACAAUAAUGCGGCAAUCCAUUUGUACAAGAAAAUGUCAUUCAUGUGUGUAAGAAGGUUGCAAGGCUUUUACUUGAUCAAUGGUCAGCAUUAUGAUUCGUAUCUGUUUGUUUACUAUGUAAAUGGUGGCCGAUCUCCAUGUUCACCAUUAGAGCUUGUUACAGGGACGCUGAAUUUGAUGAGGAAUGGGCUUAAGUCUGUGUUUGCAAGGCUACGGAAGAAGGAAGACAGGAGGGUCUCAAAAUGGGGUAAAUGUAAAGAAACGCAUUGCCUUAUAUCGACUACCCAAAGCAGGAGAAACCUGACAACGGAGUGUACAGGGUAUGAGUGUGUUUGA